AUGAAACUGGACACCAAAACAAUCAGCAAGGCGGGUUCCUCACAUGUCUCUGAAACUAGAGAGCAGAGGGAGGCCCCGAGAGCAGAGCACCCAGAAAGGAUGGAAAAUGAACCAGCUGCAAAGUCAUCGUCCAAAUUCAAGGAAGCCAGAGAAGUCAUUCACGCCGCUCGCCGUCCUCUCCCCACAGAGACCGGCGACGGAAGCUACAUCGAGGAUGAACCCAGCAGCGGCCUUUGGAAGGACCUACGCAGUCUUGGAAUUAAGGAUGCGAGCACGCUCGCGUCUUUCCUCGAGAACAAAGUGACUGGCCAGCACAUAGAUGACAAGACGAUGCUCAUGGAGCGUCUGGUUAGCAGACUCCCAGAUGGGUCCAAAAGCCGGACAAAGCUCACAAACGUGUUUCUCAACGAACUCUGGGACUCUCUCCCUCACCCCCCACUGGCAUAUGUUGGAGAGAAGUACGCAUACCGGAGUGCAAAUGGCGCUCAUAAUAAUCCUACGCUUCCCUUGCUAGGAGCAGCACGGACGGAAUAUGCUCGCACCAUCCGCCCUGAGACGAUUCGGCUGCCCAAUCUCCCAGACCCGGGGCUGAUCUUUGAUAGCUUGUUCGCUCGAGAGGAAUUCACGCCUCAUCCGAACAAGGUCUCGAGCAUCUUCUUCACCUGGGCUUCGCUGGUGAUCCAUGACAUAUUCCAAACAGACCGCAAAGAUGAAAAUAUCAACAACACUUCCUCCUACCUGGAUUUAUCCAUUCUGUAUGGAGACAUUGAAGAAGAGCAGAAUAAGAUCCGAACGUUCAACGACGGCAAGUUGAAACCGGACUGCUUUUCGGAGCCUCGAUUACAGGCGCUACCAGCGGCAUGUGGCGUGAUUCUAGUUAUGCUGAACCGGUUCCACAAUGAUGUCGUGGGCCAGCUCGCGCAGAUAAACGAAAGUGGUCGGUUUACGAAGCCACAAGACGAUCAGCUAUCGGCGGCAGAGGCCAAGAAAGCGUGGGCCAAGUACGACAACGAUCUGUUCCAAACCGGGAGGCUCAUUACCUGUGGCCUCUAUAUCAACAUCACCCUCUACGACUACCUUCGUACUAUUGUUAACUUGAACCGCACUAACAGUACCUGGUGCUUGGAUCCCCGUGUUCGGAUGGGCGAGACUGAGGUGACCCCUUCUGGACUCGGGAACCAAUGCUCCGUAGAAUUUAACCUAGCAUACCGCUGGCACAGUACUAUUAGCCAGGAGGAUGAGCAGUGGACAGAAGAGGCAUACGAGCACUUGGUCGGGAAGCCCGGAGAUGAGGCAUCCGUGGAUGAACUUCUUAGUGCCCUGGGCGAGUACGGAAGAAACCUAAAUCCUGACCCUUCCAAACGGACAUUCGCCCAGCUAGAGCGACAGGCAGAUGGGAAAUUUAGAGACGAGGAGCUGGUGAUGAUUUUGACAGAUGCGAUCGAGAGUGUGUCCGGAUCCUUCGGGGCGCGCAAUGUGCCUAAGGUGUUGCGGGCGGUAGAGAUUCUCGGCAUAGAACAGGCACGGCGAUGGAAUGUCGGAUCCCUGAACGAAUUCCGCAAAUUCUUUGACUUGAAGCCGUAUCGAAGCUUCGAGGAAAUCAAUUCUGACCCGGAAAUUGCAGAUUGCCUUCGGCACCUGUACGAAAAGCCCGACUAUGUGGAGCUAUAUCCUGGCAUCGUGGCGGAAGAGGCUAAGGAGCCUAUGGUCCCCGGGGUGGGAAUUGCGCCAGGAUACACUGUUUCACGCGCCGUGGAUUACAAUGCUAGGAACCUGACCAACUGGGGCUUUACUGAAUCUCACUACGAUCUGGACGUUAACCAAGGCUGUGUGUUUUACAAGCUAGCCUUACGUGCAUUCCCAAAUUGGUUCAAAUCCGAUUCGAUAUAUGCCCACUACCCUAUGACUAUCCCUGCCGAGAAUCAAGUUAUCAUGGAAAGUCUGGGGCGGGAGCAGGAUUACUCCUGGGAUCGCCCUGCUUUCAUACCGCCCCGGACGACUAUCUUUGAGUACUCCAACGUUCGUCACAUCCUCAGUGAUCAGGAGGCUUUCCAUUCCACCUGGGGCGAGGCGACUGGCUACAUCUUCGGCGAUGGAGGUUACGAUUUUAUGCUUUCCGGCGAUACUUUCUUCCAUGCUGGUCAGCGACAGAAUAUGUGCAAGUCGCUAUAUGUUGGCCAGUGGCAUAAGCACGUCAAAGAGUUCUACAUUGCGACGACGGAGCGGCUCUUGAAGGAGAAGUCUUGCCGACUGGGGCGGGCAAAUCAGGUUGAUAUCACGCGCGAUGUCGGAAAUCUGGCACAUGUUCACUUUGCUGCAAAUAUCUUCUCGCUCCCCCUUAAAUCAGAAAAGCAUCCCGAUGGAAUCUUCACAGAGCACGAGAUGUACCAGAUCAUGGCUGUCAUCUUCACGGCAAUUUUCUUUGACGUUGAUCCAGCCAAGUCGUUUGGCCUGCGUCACAAGGCACGAGCCGCUGCCCAAAAGCUUGGUAAAAUUGUCGAGGCGAAUGUGAAGAAUACGCAGUCGUCUAGGAUGCUCUCAUACUUUUUUGACAGCUUCAGCACCAAUCCCUAUCCGCUUGUGGAGUAUGGCAUACAUAUGAUCCAGCGCCUCCUGGAAACCGGGUUGGGUCCAUCCGAGAUUACCUAUUCCCAGAUACUGCCCACAGCGGUCGCCAUGGUGCCCAAUCAAGCUCAGGUCUUCACGCAGAUCAUCGACUACUAUCUUUCCGACGAAGGCCAAAAGCACCUUGUCCCUAUUAACCGCAUUGCCAAGGAAGACUCCCUUGAAUCAGAUGACAAGCUCUUGCGGUACUGCAUGGAGGCGAUCCGUCUUCAUGGAAUAUUUGGCUCGUAUCGUGAAGCGAAGACCAACGUCACUUUGAAGGAUCAAGGCCGCCGCUUGAAUAUCAAACCGGCCGAGAAGGUGUUUGUUAGUUUUGUGGAUGCAAAUCGGGACCCGGAUGCUUUCCCAGAUCCAGAUAGCGUCCGUCUCGACCGCCCUAUGGAGUCCUAUAUUCAUUAUGGUGUAGGCCCCCACACCUGUCUGGGCAAAGAGGCCAGCAAGGUUGCUUUAACAGCCAUGCUUCGCGUGGUGGGGCGGCUGGAAAAUCUUCGCCGGGCCCCUGGACCCCAAGGCCAGUUGAAGAAAAUCCCCCGCCCGAACAACUUCUACAGCUAUAUGUUGGAGGACGAAACGGGAUUUUAUGCUUUCCCGAUGACGUUCAAAGUACACUUUGAUGGCCCGGUCUCAAACUCGACAGAUGAUACUGGUGCUUAUUGA